AUGAGAAACGACUAUGCAGACUUAAAGAAAGAAGCAGAAAAGCCAGCAGAAGAUAAAAUGGAUAUGUUGACAUUUCUUAAUAAAAACUAUCCAACAGCAGAAGAUUUCCUUCUAUCUGACGUCAAGAAGAAGUAUAAAGAAACUUUCGGUAUCGUUAAAACAUUCGAUGUACUGACAGAAGAAAUAGAAGCUACGAAAUUGUUUAGGAUUUCAAAUAUACAUCAUACAAUUCAUGUAAAACGCUUAUAA